AUGGACUCUGAGUAUGAGAUGGGCCACAUUCGCAAGCUGCAGGCCCAGCACACACGGAUGCAGGAGAAGACUUUUACCAACUGGAUCAACAACAUCUUCCAGCACAGCCGGGUGGGCAUCAAGAUCCAUAACCUGUACAAAGAGCUGGGUGAUGGCACUCACUUACUGCGACUGCUGGAGCUCAUCUCAGGAGAGACCCUGCCACCCCCCAGCCGAGGCCGCCUGCGUGUGCACUUCCUAGAGAACAACAGCCGAGUGCUGGCCUUCCUCAAGGCCAAGGUGCCAAUACCCCUGAUUGGGCCAGAGAACAUUGUGGAUGGAGAUCAGACGCUCAUCCUGGGACUCAUCUGGGUCAUCAUUCUGCGUUUCCAGAUUUCCCACAUCUCCCUGGACAGGGAGGAGUUUGGGGCCAGUGCAGCCCUGCUGUCCACUAAGGAAGCUCUGCUUAUCUGGUGCCAGCGGAAGACAGCCAGCUACACCAACGUGAGCAUCACUGACUUCUCCUGCAGCUGGAGAGAUGGGCUUGCCUUCAAUGCCCUCAUUCAUGCCCACAGGCCAGACCUGAUCGACUAUAGCUCCCUGCACCCGCAGCACCCACUGCACAACCUCCACUUUGCUUUCCAUGUGGCCGAGCAGAAGCUGGGCAUUGCUCAGCUGCUGGACCCUGAGGACGUGGCGGCUCUACCACCUGACGAGCGCUCCAUCAUGACCUACGUCUCCCUCUACUACCACCACUUCUCCCGCCUGCACCAUGGCCAGACUGUUCAGAGGAGACUCGCUAAGAUCCUGCUUCAGCUUCAAGAGACAGAGGAGCUACAGAGCCAAUAUGAGCAGCUGGUGGCAGACCUGCUACGCUGGAUUGGAGAGAAGCAGGUGCAGCUGGAGGCCCGGGACUUCCCAGAUUCACUACCUGCCAUGAACCAGCUACUGGUGGCCUUUGCCUCCUUCCGAACCCAGGAAAAGCCACCCCGGCUGCAGCAGCGAGGGGCUACGGAAGUCCUGCUCUUUCGGCUACAGACAAAGCUCCAAGCCCAGAACCGCAGGCCUUUCCUGCCUUGUGAGGGCCUAGGCCCUGCGGAUCUGUCCCAGCGCUGGGCAGGGCUGGAGCGGGCAGAGGCCGCACGGAGCCAGGCUCUGCAGCAGCGGCUACUGCAGCUGGAGCGCCUGGAAACCCUGGCCCGGCGCUUCCAGCGAAAGGCGGCCCUCCGCGAGAGCUACCUGGUGGACAUGGAACUUGUGCUCAACCAGGUGGGAGCCCCACUGGCCAGCCCAGCCAUGGUGGAGGCAGCCUCCCAGAGGCUAGGCAUGCUUGAAGCUGGCAUCCUGCCCCAGGAGGGGCGCUUCCAGGCCCUAGCUGAGAUUGCAGACAUCCUGCAGCAGGAGAAGUACCACGGCUGGGCAGAUGUGGCCUACAGGCAGAUGGAGGUCACCCGACGCUGGGAGAGGCUCCUUCAGCAUCUCCAAGAGAAGAGGAAGCAGAUGGCAAGCAGCCAGGCGGUGCAAAGCCUGCUGCAGGAGGUCCAGGCUGCCUCUGACCAGCUCAAGGAGCUGCAGGUGCCAGCCAGCUCCACAGCCUGUGGUCAGCAGCUGGCAGAAGUAGUAGAGCUGCUGCAGAGGCAUGAGCUGUUGGAGGUCCAGGUCUCUGCCCAGGGAGCCCAUGUGAGCCACCUCACCCACCAGACCAUGGAGCUGGACUCCUCCAAAGGCACCAGUGUGAAGGUGCUGCAGGCCAAGGCCCAGGAGCUGGUCGAGCUCCACCAGGGCCUGGUGUCUCUAGUCAGAGCCCGGCGCACUCUGCUGGAGCAGGCCCUGCAGCGGGCAAAGUUCUUGCACAGCUGUGAGGAGGAGGAAGCAUGGCUGAGGGAACGCAGACAGCUGGUGGAGAAUGUGGCCCUGGGUCGGAAUCUCAGGCAGCUCUCAGCCGCCCUGCAGAAGCACAAGGCCCUGGAGACUGAGAUCUGCAACCACCAGGUCUUGUGCGCGGAUCUAGCACAGAGGGGGCGUGGCCUCGGCGUCGGGGGAUCCCCGACGCAGCGGGAUCCUUGGGAGCGGGCUCAGGCAGUGCUGGGAGCGUGUCAGCUGCUCCAGAUGCGGGCGGCAGGGCUGGGCGCACGGCUCCAGGCAGCCCUGUCUGUCCAGCAGUAUUUCGCUGACGCAGAGGAUGCGGCCUUGUGGCUUCGCGAGCGGCGAUCCUUACUGGACAGCGCGUCUUGUGGAUCGGACCAGGCCGGCGCCGAGGCACUGAUGAUGCGCCACCUGCAGCUGGAGCGUGCCGUGCGCGCCUUCGCGGCAGAGCUGCGGCGGCUGGACCAACAGGCGCAGACAGCCGCAGCGCGGCUGUCGCUCACCAUGCGGGGGGAGACCCCAGAAGGCUGGAAUAAGCUUGAUGGGAGCACAACUGGGAAACUGCAAGAUGGAACCCAAAUCUUGACAGCACCAGGUAGCCAGCACCUGUGGCCCCAGGUCCAGGCACACUUCACCUACAGAGGGACACACUUCAUCUGGCUCGUAGGAGAGGCUGUGGAGCAGGUGCUCCAAUCGGGCACUGAUACCUGUGAGCUGAAGGACCAGGAAGCCUUCCAUGCCAAGUUGGCCCUCAGCUAUGGUAUGGAGCAGGAGCCCCAGGUGGUAUCUGCCCUGAGCCCUCUAGGGGAGGGCCCGAGGAACCGAAAGGCCUGGAGCAUAUCUGACCCUGACUUUGACCCCAACACCAUUCUCCAGACACAGGACCGCUUGAGGCAGGACUAUGAAGGCCUGCGAGUCCUGGCAGAGCACCGCAGGGCCCGGCUGGAGGAGAUGGUGGCCCUGUUUGGCUUCUCCAGCUCCUGUGGAGAGUUCCUGUCCUGGCUGGAGGACCAGACAGCACUGUUUCAAAUGCUGCAGCCCCAGGCUGACAACUUGGUGGUUAUGCAGUUCAAAUAUGAGAACUUCCUCGCCACCCUGGCUGUGGGAAAGGGCCGCUGGGCUGAGGUCAACAGCUCUGCUGAGCAACUGAAGCAGAGAUAUCCUGGGGACUCCACACAGAUCCAACAACAGCAGGAAGAAUUGAGCCGGAGGUGGAGACAGCUGGAGGCCCUGACAAAGGAGAAGGAGAUGGAGCUGGCAGGCAUCAUGGAUGUGUGCAGUUUUCUGCAGGAAUAUGACUCCACCCAGGUCCAGCUACAGGACAUGAUAGUCCGGCUGGAAGCCCUAGAGCCAGGGGGCUCAGAAGGCAGCCCCCGCAUCCUACAGCUGACCCAGCAGAAGAUGCACAUGCUGGAAGAGAGGAUCCACUGCCUCCAAAGUGUGGCCCUAAAGGUAGAGGAGGCAGGCCCCACACAGAGGCAGCCCCUGCGAGAACAAGUGGAAACAAUGCAGGAGUUGCUGAAGCAAGUACAGAGGCAGGUGGCCCUUCAGACUCAGGCCCAGACCGAGGCUCAGGCCCGCGACAGCUUCCUGCAAGAGAGCCAGCAACUGCUGCUAUGGGCAGAGGGUGUCUGGGCUCAGCUGCACAGCAAGGAGGAGGUGAUGGACGUGGCCUUGGCACAGCAGCUGCUGACCGAACACCAACAUCUGCUGGCGGAGAUCUGCCUGAGGCAGGAGAGGCUGCAGCAACUGGAGGCUCAGGGCCAGCACAUGACCGCUUUGGACUCCCUGGGCUCCCAAGAGGUGGCCAGUGUUCUGAGGCUCCUGGGCCAAAAAGGCAGGGAGCUGAGGGCUGCCUGGGAGCAGCGACAGCAAUGGCUGCAGGAGGAGCUGGAGCUGCAUAGGUUUGGCCGAGAAGCAGAUGGUUUCACUGCCACCUGUGCCAAACAUGAGGCCUUCCUGCGUCUGGACCACCUUGGGGAGACUGUAGGAGAGGCCCAGAGCUUGCUGCAGCGACAUCAGGAGUUUGAGUGGCUCCUGGGCACCCUGGGCCCUCGGGCAGAGGCUCUGCAGGCACAUGGCAAGAAGCUGGUUCAGAGCCAGCACUCCGCAGCAGACAUGGUCAGAGAGUGGCUGCAGAGUGUCCAGGCACAAUGGACCAGGGUCCAGGAGAGGUGUAAGCAGAGGAGGAGCCAGCUGCUGGCUUCCAUCCACUUCCAGGAAUGGAAGCAGGAUGUGGCAGAGCUGAUGCUAUGGAUAGAGGAGAAAGAGCUGCUUGCAGCAGAUGAGCCCUCCCGAGAACCCAGAAACAUUUUGCGGAAACUUAGAAGGCACGAAGCAGCUGAGAGUGAGCUGCAAGUUACCCACAGACAUGUGGAGGACUUACAACAGGUUGGGAGAGAGCUGUUGAACAGUGGGCCUCAUGCCCAGGAGGACGUGCAAGCCAGGCUUCAAGGCCUGAGUUCCAAGUGGGAGGAGUUGAACCUCAAGAUGGCAGAGCGUAGGGACAAGCUCCGACAGGCCAGACAGCAGGAGCAGCUCCUGGAGCUGCUGCAGGAGGCCAAAGAGAAGAUGGAGCAAUUAGAGAGGACCUUGCAGAGUGCAGGAGUAGGGCAGGACCUGUGCUCAAGCCUAGAACUGCAGAAACAGCACCACCAACUGGAGGAUGAGAGCCAGGCUCUGGCCAGCAAGAUGGCUACCCUCGUCUCCCAGGCCCACUGUGUACUCAAUUCCCAGAGCUUCCUGGAGGAGACCCAGAAGUACCUCCAGAGGCUCAAGUCCCUGCAAGGACAGCUGGCCACUUGGCACCUGCAGCUACAGGCCUCAGUUAAGCUGCAUCAGUUCUACCACCUGAACAACUUGGAGCUCACCUGGGUGGCUGAGCACAUGCCCAGUCUCAGUUCCACCAGCUACACCAAGUGCUUGGAUGAUGCCCAGUGCCUUAACCACAAGUACAAGGCACUCCAGGCUGCAGUGAAAGCACACGAGGGACAGGUGCAGAGGGUGCUAGGCUCUGGACAAAGCCUCGCAGCCUCAGGGCACCCCCAUGCCCAACACAUCAAAGAGCAAUGCCAGAGGCUGGAAGGGUGUUGGGCAGAGCUGGAGCAGGCAUGUGCAGCAUGGUCCCAGUGCCUACAGCAAGCUGCUGCUUCCCAUCAGUAUUUUCUGGAUGUAUCAGAGCUGGAGGGCUGGGUGGAGGAGAAGCGGCCACUGGUGAGCAGUCAGGAUUAUGGUGGAGAUGAGGCCACUACCUUCAUUCUCAUCAAGAAGCACCAGGCACUGCAGCAGGAACUGGCUCUUUAUUGGAGCUUCAUGGAGAAGCUUGACCAGAGGGCCCAAACUCUCACUGGCCUUGAGGCUGCUGAGCAGCUGAGUACAAUGUCGAAGAGGCUCUGGAAGCAGCUACAGGCAUUGCAGGAGUUGGCAGCCUCAAGGGACCAGGAGCUGGAAAGGACCCUGAAACUGCAUGAGUUCAUGAGAGAAGCUGAGGAGUUGCAGAGCUGGCUGACUAGCCAGAAGCAGGUGGCCAGAGGAGGAGAGAGCCCCGGAGAAGACUAUGAACACGUCCUACACCUCUGGACCAAGUUUGCAAAGUUUCAGCACCAAGUGGAGAUGGGUGGUCAGUGGGUGGCAACCUGCCAGCAGCUGGCGGAGAGCCUGCAGGAGGCUGGGCCAAGUGCUAAUCCCAGAGUCCGUCAGAGGCAGCAAGACCUACAGGCUGCCUGGUCAGAGCUGUGGGAGCUGACCAAGGCCCGAGGCCACCUGCUCCAAGAUGCUGAGAUCACCCUCAAAGUUCACAGAGAUCUGUCAGAAGUGCUCGCCCAGAUCCAGGAGAAAGUCACAAGCAUCCCAGAUGAUGUGUUCCAAGACCUGCGUUGGGUAGAGGCCCAGCUGAGGAGACACGAGGAGCUGGAACGUGAACUUGUGGGCACCAAGCAGCUGCUUCAGGAGCUGCUGGAGGCUGCAGGCAGAGUACAGAAGCUAUAUCCUGGGCCUCAGGCUGAUGCUGUGCGGUGGAGGCAGCAGGCCGUGGUCCAGGCCCGUGAGGCCUUACAGCUGCGCAUGGAGGAACGCAGGGCCCAGCUGGAGCAGGCAUGCCUCCUGGCCCACUUCCACACAAUGGUACAGGACUAUGCCUCCUGGGCAGCAAGCAUGCAGCAGGAAUUGCAGGUAGAGGAGUGGUCCCAGGACCCUAGCAGUGGUUCUCUAAAGCUCAGUGCCCACCAACAGCUUUGGGCCGAGCUCAAGGCCCAGGAGGAGCUGUACCAACGAGCUGGCCAGCUGGGCCAACAGAUGCUUCUGACUGCAGGGCCAUCCACCAAGGAGGUCCAGGAAAGGCUGCGAGCCUUGCAGGACACACGGGAGCAUGUGUUCCAGGCCUGGGAGCAGAAGCAAGAGAGGCUGCAGGCCAUGCACCGUGAGCAGCUCUUCCUCAGAGACUGUGAUCACCUGGACAAGAUCCUCCAGGCCCAGGAGGUCUUCCUGAAAGCCAGUGCCCUGGGGAGCUCAGUAGAAGAGGUGGAGCAGUUGAUUUGCAAGCAUGAGGCCUUCCAGAAAGUGCUGACUGCCCAAGACAAGAAGGAGGUGGCCAUAUGUGAGCAGGCAAAGGCACUCCAGGGCCCCAGGGUGCAGGGCUUGCUGAGUGCAGUGCUGGAGCGGCGGGCUCGAGUGAAGGACUUGGCAGAGAGCCGGCGACAUGCACUUCAUACCUCCCUGCUGACAGCUGCUUUCAUCAGGGCCAAGACACAGGCCGAGGACUGGAUCCAGGAGCGGGCCCAGCAGCUGAAAGAGCCUGUCCCUCUUGGGGACCUGAAAGAUAAGUUGACACACCUGCAGAAACAUCAGGCCUUUGAAGCUGAGGUCCAGGCCCAUAAGGAGGUCGUAACCUCUGUUGUCAAGAAGGGCGAGGCUCUACUGGCACAGAGCCAUCCUCAGGAGGGAGAGAUUGCGCAGAGGCUGCAGGAACUGCAGGAGCACUGGGAGAAGCUGAGGCAGGCGGUGGCGCUCCGAGGCCAAGACCUGAGGGACCAGCGGGACUUCCUGGAGUUCCUGCAGAAGGCGGACCUUGCAGAGGCCUGGAUCCAGGAGAAGGAAGGCGUGCUGAACAUCACCGACCUGGGCCAGGAUCUUGAGCACUGCCUGCAGCUCAGCAGACAGCUCUGCAAGUUCCGAGGAACCUUGGCUGGGGACUUGGUGAAUGCGCGCAUCAGGAGCAUCAGUGACUUGUCACUGCAGCUCAAGAUCCGGGACCCUGACCAGGUCAAGGCUAUCUAUCAGCGGCAAAACCAGCUCAACAACAGGUGGAAUAGUUUCCAUGGCAACCUGCUCCGGUACCAGAGGCAGCUUGAAGGGGCUCUGGAGAUACACACUUUGUCAUGUGAGCUGAAUGGCAUCACCAUAAGGAUUGUGGAGAAAAGUGCCCUGGCCCAGGCCCUGGACUUCAGGAAAGAUCUGAAGCACAUACAGGGGCUGCUGUGCAAACACAAGGAGUUGGAGCAGGCAAUGGGCCUGAUUCAAGCCCAGGUGGAGCCCCUGGAACAUAAAGUGGUCCGCCUCUGCCAGAGGAGCCCUGGGGCAGCCCACAGCCUCAGCUGCAAGCAUCGGGAGAUGAUGGACAGCUGGCGGCAGCUCCAGAGUGAGGCCCAGAAGCGGAAGGAGUCGCUGGACGCCUCAUACCAGGCUCAGACACUCCAGGCGAUGCUGCAGAAAUUGCUGGUCUGGGCCCGGGGGCUGCGGGCUCUGAUGGACGUCGGAAGCCCUCCUGGCAGCGCUGCAGAGGUCCGGAGUAUGUUAGAGGAGCACCAGGAGCGAAAGGCCGAGCUGGACUUCCGAACAGAGAGCAUCAGGCUGGUGCGAAGCAUGGGACAACGGUUGCUCACAGCUGGGCACCCAUCCACCCCGGACAUUUGCCGGUUGCUAGCUGGGUUAGAACAGGAGCUGAACAGUCUGGACAGGGCCUGGCAGGAGCACCAGCUACAGCUACAGCAGGCCCUGGAGCUGCAGCUAUUUCUGAGCUCUGUGGAGGAAAUUGAAAGUUGGCUCUGUAGCAAGGAACUUUUCCUAGCCAGUGAGGAACUGAAGGACCCCUUGGCCAAUGUGGAGACCCUCUUAUGGAAGCACAAGGUACUUGAGCGGGGCCUGGAGGCUCAGGCAGAAAAGAUCAGCUCACUGGAAGUCACAGCCCAUCACCUGCACCAGAAUGGACACCCCGAGGCCCAGAGAGCCCUGGGCAGGUGUCAGGCCGUGUUCCUGAGGAAAGAGGCACUCCUGAAGCGAGCUGGGACCCGCCACCACCAGCUGAAGGGGCUACAGCAGCUACAGAAGUUCCUGCAGGAUUCCUACGAGGUGACCGCAUGGCUGAGGGAGAAGAACCAGGUGGCUCUGGAAGAGGGCUGGCAGAACACAGCCACUUUGCAGACACAGUUGCAGAAGCAUCAGAAUCUCCAGGCCGAGCUAGACUCAAUAGCACACCUGGAACAGAGGCUGCAGAUGGAGGGGCAGAGGCUGCUGCAAGAGGGCCACCCAGCCUUGGAGACCAUCCAGGCGCGGCUGCAGGAGCUGAGCGAGCUCUGGGAUCAGCUGCAGGCCAACUGCCGGAGGAAGGCAGCCAAGCUCCAGGAGACCUGCAAGGCCCUGCAUCUACAGCGGAGCCUGAGGGAGCUGGAGAGCUGGCUAGAGCCCGUGGAGGUGGAACUGCAAGCCCCUGUUGGAGGACAGGACCUUCCUGGGGUGGGCGAGCUCCUGGCAACACAGGGAGAACUGGAGGCAGCAGUGGACAAGCAGGCUCGACAGGCACGGACCCUGCUAGACCAGACCCAGGCCUUCAUCCAGGAAGGGCACUGCCUGGACAUAGAGGAGCAGGCCCAGCUGCUGCUUCAGAGGUUCGAGAGUCUGAGGGAGCCCCUGCAGGAGCGCAGGGCGGCCCUGGAGUCCUGGAGCCUCCUCUACCAGUUCUUCAGGGAUGCCGACGAGGAGAUGGCCUGGGUGCAGGAGAAGUUCCCCCUGGCUGCGGCCCAGGACUAUGGCCAGAGCCUGAGCACAGUGCGGCGCCUGCGGGAGAAACACCAGAACUUGGAGCAUGAGAUCCGCAGCCACGAGGCCCUGACCCGGGUGGUGGUGGGCACGGGGCACAAGCUGGUGCAGGCUGGUCACUUUGCCACCCAUGAAGUGGCUGCCCGGGUGCAGCAGCUGCAAAGUGCUAUGGGUGGCCUGCGAGCAGAGGCCGAGCGGAGGAGGCUGCUGCUGCGGCAGGCUGAAGAGGCCCAGCAGCUCCUGACAGAGCUCCUGGAGGCAGAAUCCUGGCUGGUGGAACAGGGCUGUGUCCUGGACAGCAAGGCCAUGGGCCAGAGUGCUGAGGCCACACAGGCCCUCCUGAGAAGGCUGGAGACCACCAGGAGAGACCUGGAGGGAUUUAGCACACAUAUGGAGAGGCUGCAAGAGAUGGCGAUGCUCCUAGAGAGCACACGGAACCCAGACAGUUCCAAAGUGCUGACCCAGCUACAAGUGGUAAGGGAGGCCCACACGGGGCUGCUGCAGGGAGUGGAGGUGCGGGGACAGCAUCUGCAGGAUCAGCUGCGGCUGCACCAGCUGGAGCGAGAGGCAUUGAUCCUCAAUGCCUGGCUGGCCAGCAAGAUGGACACGGCCGAGUCUCAGGACUAUGGGCAGGACCUGGAGGGCGUCAAGGUGCUGGAAGAGAAGUUUGAUAUUUUCAGAAAGGAAGUCCAGAGCCUAGGGCAGGCCAAGGUGCAGGCCCUAAAGGAGCUGGCAAGCUCCCUGGAACGGGGCACACCCAGGUGUUGUCCCCAGAUUCAAGCCUGCAAGAGCCGCAUCAAAGCCACUUGGGAGAAGCUGGACAGAGCAAUAAAAGCCCGCACAGAGAACCUGGCUGCAGCCCGUGAGAUCUGCAGCUUCCAUAAGGCAGUGAGCAUGCUCCGGGACUGGAUGCAGGAAAAGGCAGCCAUGAUGGAGGGUGGCAGCUGUGGUCAUGACCUGCCUUCUGUGCAGGCCCUGCAGUACCAGCACAGAUGCCUGGAGAGGGAGCUGGUGGCUGUGGAGAAGAAGGUGGAGUGGCUGGGGAUGGAGGCCAGCCAACUGGGCCAGCUACACCCUGCAGCCCAAGAGGGCCUGGCCGAGCAGCUGACCAAGGUGCAGGAGGCCUGGGCCAACCUGGACAAGAAGGCCCGGGAGCAACACCAGCAGUUGGAGUGGGCUGCCCAGGGCCAUGCCUUCCUUAGGCGCUGCCAGGAGCUGCUCACAUGGGCUCAGGAGAAGCAGGCGCUGGUGUCCUCAGAGGAGCUGGCAGGGGCCGAGCAUUUCCUUGGGCAGCAGGAGGAGCUGGGGCAGGAAAUCACAGAGCUCAGCUUUCGAGCCCAGGAUGUGCAGCAAGAAGGGCAGCAGCUGCUGGACAACAGCCACUUCAUGUCCCCAGAGGUCACAAAGUGUCUGCAGGAGCUGGACCAGCGGCUGCAGGAGCUCCAGGAGGCCUGGGCCCUGCACCAGGAGCGCUGCCGGGAGAGCCAGAGCCUGCAGGAGCUGCAGCAGAUGCUGGACCAGGCUGAGGCCUGGCUGGCCUCCCGGGAGGGCCCUCUGCUGGACCCCAACUAUGGGCAAUCAGUGUCAGAUGUGGAGUUGCUGCUCCACAGGCACCAGGACUUAGAAAAGCAGCUGGCAGCCCAGGAAGAGAAGUUUACCCAGUUACAGAGGACAGCAGAGGAUGCCAAGUGUGCCCUCACCAUGGAGGGGGUCUUAGAGCAGCUCCUGCCUGGAGGAAGGCAGAAAGUGGCUUCUAUGGCCACCCUUGACCUCGCGGGAGCCCAGUGUGAGAGGCUGAGAGACCACCAUGGCAGGAAACACUCUUUAAGGCUGGGCAGCAGACCGGAGCACCACCUCCUGUUGGCACCAUCAGAAGGGCAGUCUGAGAUCUGGCUGCGAGCCCUGAGCAGUGUACAAGGUGGGUUCCAGGGGAAGAUUGUGACCAAGCUCCAUGUGCCACUGGUGUUUUAUGCAUUCAUGGAAAGUUUUUACAUCUAG